CGGGUGUAGCGCUCCCCGGGCAACCUGUGGCUGCAGACACGAUUCUGCCGCUGCCAGAGCGUCUCUCGGAGCCUCUAGCAGCAGCUCGCGCUCCGGCCGCUCCCGGUGCUGCUCGGGCCGCUCCCGGUGCCGCUCGGGCAGCCGGCUCCAACGCCGGCGAGGCACGGAGAAGCCGCCUGGGCGCUUUGAACUGAACCUGACACGGCGCCUGGCGGCUUUGGCACGGGCUGGGCGGUUUCACCUGCCGGGCGGUGCACUGGCAAGACACGUUUCGACGCGAGCCAGCUGCUGUUCUGCUCAGCGCCAGGCAGAAGCCCGAGGCGAGGCAGGAGCAGCGCGCCCCGAGGCACAGCUCCAAACUCCCCCGGCGAGAGACGGCCAGGACCCCGGAGCCGAGCCGAUGGUUCCCAGGGACGAUCAGCCCCGCCGCUGAGGACAGACCCAAGUUCGGGCUGGGGAUGGCCCGGAACACGGCCCUGCAUUUCAGAGUGGUGGAAGGACGGGGCCUGCCCGCCAAGGAUGUGUCUGGCACCAGCGACCCCUACUGCAUUGUCAAAGUCGACAACGAGGUGGUAGCCAGGACCGCUACCGUGUGGAAGAACCUGAAUCCCUUCUGGGGGGAGGAGUACACCCUGCACCUGCCCAUGGGCUUCCACAGUCUCGCCUUCUACGUGCUGGAUGAGGACACCAUUGGGCACGAUGAUGUCAUUGGCAAAGUAUCACUCAGCAAAGAAUGGAUUUCGUCUUACCCGCGAGGGAUUGACAGCUGGAUCAACCUGACGCACGUGGACCCCAAUGAAGAGGUUCAGGGAGAGAUCUGCCUGGAGCUGAAGGUGCUAGAGGAGCCCCAGAGGAGGGCCCUGUACUGCCAUGUCAUUGAAGCCAGAGACCUGGCCCCGCGGGACAUCUCCGGCACCUCGGACCCCUUUGCGCGAGUGUCCUGUGAUGGCCAUGCUUUGGAGACAGCUAUCAUUAAGAAGACUCGCUUCCCGCACUGGGAUGAGGUGCUGGAGUUUGACCUGGAGGAGGGGGUGCCCGGAAAGGAACCCAAGGGGUCCCGUGUGAGCGUGGAGGUGUGGGACUGGGACAUGGUGGGGAAGAACGACUUCCUGGGAUGGGUUGAGUUCUCUCUGGACGCCCUUCAGAGAUCCCCUGCCAAAGGCUGGUUCAGGCUCCUGCCCUUCCCCACUGCUGAGGAGGAUGCUGGAGGAAAGCUGGGGGCUCUGCGGCUGAAAGUCCGACUGGCUGAGGACAGGAUCCUGCCCUCCAUGUACUACCAGCCCCUGAUUGAGCUCCUGGUGGAAUCCAUCCUGUGCCCUGCCGAGGAGGAGGACGUCAGCCCGCUGGCCUUGCUGGAGGAGAUCAGCUCGGUGGAGAGCCGGCAGGAUGUGGCCACGAAGCUGGUGAAGAUCUUCCUGGGACAGGGCCUGGCGGUGCCCUUCCUGGACUACCUUAACCUGCGGGAGGUGACGAAGACCACUGAUCCGAACACACUCUUCCGCUCCAACUCCCUGGCCUCCAAAUCCAUGGAGCAGUUUAUGAAGGUGGUUGGGAUGCCCUAUCUUCAUGAGGUCCUGAAGCCGAUCAUAAACCGGAUCUUUGAGGAAAAGAAGUACAUCGAGUUGGACCCAUGUAAGAUUGAGCUGAACCGGACCAGGAGGAUUUCCUUCAAGGGCUCCCUGUCCGAGGCCCAGGUGCGGGAGAGCAGCCAGGAGCUCCUGAAGGGCUACCUGAGUGACAUCAUGGAGUCCAUCAUCGGCUCAGUGGAGAAGUGUCCCGCUAUCAUGAGGGUGGCCUUCAAGCAGCUGCACAAGAGGGUAGAGGAGCAGUUUCCAGAGGCAGAGCAUGAGGAUGUGAAGUACAUUGCCAUCAGUGGGUUCUUAUUCCUUCGCUUCUUCGCUCCUGCCAUCUUGACACCAAAGCUGUUCAACCUCCGCGACCAGCAUGCCGACACCCGGACCAGCCGCACACUUUUGCUACUGGCCAAGGCAGUGCAGAGCAUUGGCAACCUCGGCCUGCAGCUGGGACAUGGCAAGGAGCAGUGGAUGGCUCCGCUGCACCCCUUCAUCCUUCCCAGCAUCACCCGUGUCAAGGAUUUCCUGGACAAGCUCAUCGACGUGGACAGCGAGAGUGCGGGCAAGGCCCAGCCCCGGACGCUCUUCCACCCCUCGGUCACCAUCAAGGAGGGCUACCUGCACAAGCGCAAGGCCGAGGGGCUCCACCUGCUCCCGCGCUUCACCUUCAAGAAACGCUACUUCUGGCUGAGCAGCGAGACCCUCUCCUACUCCAAGUCCCCAGAGUGGCAGGUUCGCUCCUCCAUCCCCAUCCAGCGGAUCUGCGCCGUGGAGAGGGUGGACGAAAACGCCUUCCAGCAGCCACACAUGAUGCAGAUCAUAACGCAGGACAACGAAGGGCAGCUGCGCACCAUGUACAUCCAGUGCAAGAAUGUGAACGAGUUGAACCAGUGGCUGUCAGCCAUCCGCAAGGCCAGCAUCUGCAAUGAGCGCAUGCUGCCCUCUUGCCACCCGGGUGCCUUCCGGGGCAACCGCUGGACCUGCUGCCUGCAGCCCGACCGCACAGUGCACGGCUGCAGCCGGACUCACUCUGCCAUGACCCUGGGGGACUGGAGCGACCCCCUCGACCCGGAUGCCGAGACCCAGAUGGUGUACGGGCAGCUCUUGCUGGCGAGAGACAAGCUCAGGGAGAAGUACAUUGAGUGUUCAGAUGUGGGGCUGGCGCUGGAGCAGGAGAGGGGGCCUGGUACUCGUGCCCAGGGAGAGCAAGGCCGUUCCUGCCAGGACCGCCAGAUGGCUGCUGCUGCCCGCCUGCUGAACGUCAUACAAGCCCUGGAGCGUGCCCACAGCGCCUUCGAGCGCCGGGAGAAGGAGGAGGCAGACAAUGACUCUCACCACCCCUGAGAAGCCUCCUCCCCCUUCCCCACCCCCAUCCCUCCCUGGCGCCUCUGUUGGACUGUGCCCACCUGACGAUGGCGCAAGGGAGUGGGCCCUGGUGCUGGGAGACCCUGGCUCACUUGUCACCGCGCUCUGGGCUGGGGGUGGCGAUGGCAGUGGCCACGUGGCCAAGCCACAGCUCAGGCCAGAGGUGAUGGGCCACAGCAAGAGAAGGCACCCACAAGAGGUGGCCUAGCGCGUCCUGCUCUCCUGCCUCCCGGCGGCCUGCUCUAGCGCCCAAAUCAACCAUCAGAUGGCGCUUGAAACCCUCCAUGAAUCACACCAUGAGCCCCACCAGCCAACCUCCUUGCUGUCCUUUUCCCUGUGGGACAGAGCCAGGAUCCGUCCCUCUAAUGCCAGUGCCUGGGCAAGCUAGCUGUGCCCAUCCCCCAGUGCCAUCCUCCUGCGGGCUGUACCUGACCUUGCCACACAGGGCCUUCCCGCUGAACCUCAGUCCAUGUGCACGGCCGGCCAGUGCCUGGUGUCCCAGAGGCGCAUGCGGGUGACAAAGAGCCUGCCCCUGGCUCCCGAAGACAGCUCACCCCACCCACUCCCGUUGGUGCCUUUCCCACCCCACAUUCCAGCCUUUGUGGCCACUGGGCGAGGGGAAGCGCUUGUGUCUGUAACUGAUGGUGAGCCCCUAGCCAUGAUCCUCUGAACAAGAGCCGGGCUCUUGGGUGGAAUAGCGUGUGGGCCAGACCGCGGCCCCACAGCACUCCUGGCUGUGCAGCAGAAAGCUGUCUAGCCUGCAGGCCAACCUCCGCCAGCCCGUCUCUCUGCCCCAAUUCCACCUGCGCUGGCCCAUGGGCCAGCCACCAUGAACGUGGCUCUCCCCAGCACCUCCUGGGGGUGGGAAAUCUAAGCUCUGCCAUUGGAGGGUUAAACUCCUCCAUCUUGUGCCUAGAGCGCAGUGGGUGGGGAGCCCACCUGGGCUGUGCUUGGAGAAGGAACCCAGGGCCCUGCAUCUGCUGGGUGCUCCUUUAACUCACUGCCCUGACACUCCAUCCACGUGUGCACUGCGUGGCUAUCCACACAGCCCCACUGGGCGCCCCCAGCCUGCCCUGUGUGCACAGGGCUGAGCCUAAAACCCAGCUGGACCCCUCGUUGCUUGUGCCAAAGUCCUGCUCGGGAAGUGAGAGGGGGCUACUCCAGGGACGUCUCGCCCAGCUCACUGCGCAUGGCGGAGAAGCCUACAUCAUUCGGAGUAACUCUGGUAAUAGGCCAGAACAGGGCAAACAAACCAACUUGAAGCAGGCUGGACAAACAGACAGAUCCUGGAGCAACGUGAGGUGUGAUGGGGCCAGAGGGGGGUGAGUGUGGCUGAAUGUGAACGCCCGAAUCAGCCCAAAGCCCUGAUGAAUGUGAGACUGACAGUGCCAGCAGAGAGCUUCCCCAGCCCCUCUCCAGGGCAAAGCUGUGACCAAGGGGGCAACUGGUCCGCUCAGCUCGCUGCGCCCCGUGGAUAGCAAAUGGACACCCCUGCCUGCAUGUGCCAUUGGGAACAGAACCAGCGUGCCCCGGCUGGUGCCAAAUGGCCAGGCUGGGGUUGUCAAGGCAGGAGGCAGACCUCUUGCAGACUGGCUCACUGGCUAUCCGGGGCAGGGGGGCUUUGGAGUUAACCUAGAUCAAUGGUUCUCAUUUGCGGACCCCUUUGGAAAUCAGUUGUCUGUAUAUACAGCUGAAUGCUGUUAGUUUUCAGUCACAGUCUUUCGCGGACCCUUAGACAUCGUCCACGGACGCCCAGGGUCCCCGGACCACUGCCCUAGAUAGAUUUGCACACUCCUCUCUGUCUAUUGUGCAUCUCUCUGUAUAUGUCACACACACAAACGAUGUUAAAAGAACUGUAAUAAAGUUGCCAAGUGAAGCACUCAAACAUUAAGAAGCGCCGGAAGCAGGGAGGCCCAGGCACCCUGAAUUCAGCCCCCCGGUGUGUCUGGGUCAGUCUGCCAUUCCAGGGCCCUGGGCAGAGGAGGGGCCAUGCUCACUGAAGGAGCAGUGAGCCAGUGCUCAGUGUGUGGUCCCAGCCAUUAUUCAAACCCUCUGGAGACAGACUAGUUCCUUCAUGGGCGUUUUCCCGGCACUCAUGGCUAUAGUAUCAGUGCUUCAAGCAUUAAUUCAUUUCUCUUCAGCUAAGUGGGUACCAUGCUCCCUCUUACAGAAGGCAAACCGACGCGCAAAGAUUAAAGUCAAAGGUGUCCACUAAUUUUAGGUGCCCAAUAUAGGCGCCAACUUCCCCUCUGCCCGGUGGGUGCUCGACCCCCCCCGCCCCUGGCACACCUCUUCCCGCCCCUGCACCGCCCUCACCAGGGCC